AUGCUUCCCGUUGGACGAGAGGAGAGAUCGAUUCCUUUUAAAGACGAUCUUCUACCCGUGGCCGUCUACUAUGGCAUGUGGAUUCUCCCUAAAAGCUGGGACCUGAUUCCUCUCGUGGAGAAGGUCAUAACGACGGGAGUAUUCGAGUCAGACCCCUCGUUCAAGCUUGUAACAGCAUAUACCGGUGUAACUGCUCUCGACCAAUAUUUUGUCUUCCUGGCUGUAAUCUUUAUGCCAGGUCUUCGGGGAUGGAACCCAAGCUUCAGGAUGAUGCAAGUCUACUUCCUGGGCCUCAUCGGUCAGCCAAUCUGUAUCUGGAUGGUGGAGUCGUUCCGAAAACGCAAUGCCCUCACUCUUUUAGCUUUCCCAAGCUUUUGGUUUAUUCUUUUCCAAUCAACGGGUGUCGGCUUCUUCAUGCCUCUUUACUACGCUGUUUAUACGUCGAUCUCGGAUGUAGAGCCGUACUGGUGGCCUUUGCGCAAGGCAGUCCCCGUUGAGUACGCCAAGGCUCUUCUCCCUGCCACUUUGCUUGGAUAUUUCCUGCCGACAGUGCUCAUGUUCCUUCCGUGGAGUGAGGCUGAGACGGCACAAUACUGGGAGACUUUUUGGCAGCCAUAUCCAUGCUACGUCCCUCUGUUGACAAUGCUCCUGGGCAUGAUAAACCGCUGGCAGAGAUCUCUGAGCGCAAAGGAGAAGCGACUACCACGCGUCAAAGAUGAGCCCACCGAUAGCGCAUCCCUGAAGCAGCUCUACUUUGUUACCGGCAUUCUUGGUGUCUUUUUGCACUGGUCUGUGCUACUGACGAUUCUAAGUGACGCCGCCCUAUCCUUCGCUGGGGUAUUUUCCCCGACGUAUUCCGUCAACCCAAUGCCCCUGGAUCAGGCGUUUCUCAACAUUUUCGUGGUCGAUUUUUGGGGUUUCUUCAUUGCUUCAUAUGUGUGGUGCAUCGGCGCCGUAUGGGACCUAAGGCGAGUCGGCCGGGCUGACGUUAAUGUUGUUAAUGCGUCUCUCAUCAUUCUCCUCGCCCACUUAGGUCUCGGACCAGGGGCGGCUAUGUCGGCCGUUUGGUACUGGAAAGAGGAGCGUAUGGCUAUUUGUUUAUUCCCAGAGGCUGGAAAAUUGCACAGCGGGUAG